AUGUCCUCAGCCACCAUUCAGCAAGCUUCCAGAACCACAGCGCAGUCGCCACCGGACUGGGAAGCCGCCCGCUACCUCGCCUUCGAGCGCGAGCGAACGCGACCAGCACGUGACUUACUCGCCCAAGUACCUCCCGAGCUCCACCCAAGGAGAGUCGUGGACUUGGGAUGCGGUCCCGGCAACUCGUCCGCUCUCCUGGCGGAACGCUAUCCAGAAGCACACGUCACCGGCGUCGACACUUCGCCUAACAUGCUGGAGAAAGCUCGUGCUGCGCUGCCUAAUAUUACGUUCCAGCUGGGAGAUCUACGAAAGUACUCGCCGCCAGCAGAGGAUGGUCCAGUAGACUUAUACUACAGCAACGCCACCUUUCAGUGGCUCUCAGUCGAUGAGCGAAUACCGGCCAUACGGCGCUACCUAGACCUACUGCCGCCAGGCGGCUGCUUCGCAGUACAAGUCCCCAACAACUUCAACGAGCCCAGCCACAAGAUGAUGCGGGAAGUUGCGAUUCAGGAACCGUUUCGUCAGCAGUAUGGCGCUAACAUGCCUGGGAACAGAGGCUUCCCUACGCCUUCGGAGCUAUAUGAUGCGUUCAAGCCGCACUGUCAGACGGUGGACAUAUGGCACACGAUCUACGAGCACAAGUUGGCGAGUCAUCAGGCGAUUGUGGAUUGGGUUGCGACGACUGGGCUGCGGCCGUAUAUGGAGCCUUUGGUGGAUGAAGAGCAGAGGAGAGAGUUUGUGGAGAGGUACCUUGAGUUGCUGAGGCCGGAGUAUCCGACGUUGGUGGAUGGGGGAGUGCUGUUGCGGUUUCCGAGGUUGUUUGUGGUUAUGACGAAGUAA